CGGGUCGAGAGGUGUUUCGACAACGCGGCCGCCGCGUUGCGGUGGACCUGAGCCGACCGGGUUUGUUGUAGGAUCCUUACACCGGUUCUGUCAUGUCUACUGGAGCGGCGCAGUGAACACACAGCGACCGGUGUCGAGCCCCUCCUUUCUGGGCUAGCUACGCGUUCGUUGGGGACCCCCCCCUUCCUCGCUCCACUCUUUAAAAGCAUCAUUAUUAAAAAAAAAUUUCAAAAAGCCAAACCGUAAUGUGUUCCGGGGAUGGGAGGUGGUGGUGGUUAUGUUCUCCGCCAUGUCAGCCCCGUCCAUCGUGCCAAGUCGGCUAACGACGUUAGCACGACGCGUUAGCUGCGUUAUUAGCUUUUUUGCGCAACUGUCGCCCUUUCUAUGGAGUUGGCCCAUAUAACGUUCACAGCGGUGCUUAUUUUGGCUCGAAGCUACGUUUCAAAGUUGCUGUUGCGCUCCCGUAAGCAGGCACACACGUUUGCGGAAUGCUUUAUUGGAAGUGAACGGCUGUGCGUGCUUGCAGGCCUAGCCGCAGCCAACGUGAGUCAGACAGUCCGUAACAGAGGAGUGGGAGGGAACAGCUGCUUCCCGACCAGGAAAUUCGCCUUUUUUGUUUUUUUGCACCCGGAGUAACUUUAUUAAACGGAAAGUUCAAAUUAACACUUUUUUUUUUACUUAACGGUCAACCCUUUGGGGGAAAAAACAGUUUUUAUGACGCCAAGGACGUUUUUUGUUCGAAAAAUGUCGUUUGUGGCAGGUUUUUGCGUGUGUGCAAGUGAUCACAUCCAGUAUUUCAUACAUACGAAAGUGAAAUUAUUUAACGAUCUGUUAUUAGUCAUGGAGUCGCGAUUGUUUUUGUGUAUGACGUUAUUUCUCUGGCACUUCAUUGUGUUCCACGGAACGUUAUUUCUAUAUUGUAGUGGGUCCACAAACUAUCUUGACAGUUUUAGAACGCACAACAGGAAGAGGUGUAUUCAAUCAGGCAAAAACUUUAAUACCUACUCAUUUUGUAAUCAACUUGUUUGCUAUUGUAAUACAGCAGAGUGACUAAUGGUUAGCGCAUCUGCCUCACAGCUUUAAGUUCGGGGUUCGAGCCUGUGGAGUUUGCUUGCUCUCCACGUGCUUGUUGAUUUUCUGCGUUAUUCUAGCUUCCUCACACUUCCAAAUCAUGCAUGUCGGGUUUGUUGAAGACUAAAUUGGCCAUAAGUGUGAAUGGUUGUUUAUUUUACUGGUGUCAGGCAGAAACUUACUAUGCCCCCCCCCCCCCCCAAAUCUUUCCUAUUUUCAAUAUUGUCAGUCCCCACGUCUUAGUGUUAUUUUUUUUACAAUUAUUGACCAAUCGAAAGUGUUGGAAAAUGGCUUGCCCCAUUUGAUGUUGCAAUAUUGAACAAAUGUGCGCUUUUGUUUUGUGUUUUGUUUUUUUCCUCCACUGAAAAGUGAUAAUUUUGAGAUGAGGAUUCUGCCCGAUGCCAGCGAUGUGUCACCUACAAUUUGGCUGGUGAGGUGACUGUACCCCGUCUCCCUCGCCCAAAGUCACCUGAAAUCGGCUCCAACUCGCCCGCGACCCAAACGAGGACAGGCGCUAUAUAUCGUUAAACUUUAAUUAGCCACAGACUCACUUGAAAUAUUUGAACAAAGCAAGCACUGAUUGUUGCUGAUUCUAAAAUCUUCUAUGUGUUUCCCCCGCCCGCAGCAAUGAACUAUGACCAUUGUUGACAGAUCCUCCGAAAAUUCUGACCACGAGUCAGUCGGUUGCAAGAGAUCCCCCUUCACCAGUGGAGACGGGAUGGACAGCAGCUGUUCUAGCAGUUGGGCAGUGGGCUCCACCCUGCCCACCGACUCUCCACGACUGAAGGGUCCAGGGGGCUGCUUGGGCCCGACGCCUGGUGCUGUUAUCUACAAUAGUACGCCCUCCUCCGUGGACCGACCCAAAGAGCAAGUGUUGUGCAGUGGCGACGGCAUCGACGUGCCGCAGAAGGUCCUCUUCUCUCCCGAGCGCCUCAGCCUAAAGUGGAACCAGGUUCACCGCAUAGGCGCCGGUCUGCAGAACAUGGGCAACACUUGUUUCCUCAACUCAGCACUACAGUGUCUCACUUACACACCCGCAUUUGCCAACUACAUGCUGUCGCGGGAGCACUCGAAAACAUGUCACGAGCCGGGCUUCUGUAUGAUGUGCACCAUGCAAAACCACAUCAUUCAGGUUUUUGCUAACUCUGGCAAUGUUAUUAAGCCAAUUGGUGUGCUGAAUGAGCUCAAAAAGAUUGCGAAGCACUUUCGCUAUGGAAGCCAGGAGGAUGCCCAUGAAUUCAUUAGGUACACGGUGGAUGCUAUGCAAAAGUCCUGCUUACCUGGAACCAAAUUGGACAGGCAAACACAGGCAACCACUUUCAUUCAUCAGGUAUUUGGUGGUUACCUAAGGUCCAGAGUUAAAUGUUUAAACUGCAAAGGAGUUUCUGAUACAUUUGACCCUUUUCUGGAUAUCACUCUGGAAAUCAAAAUGGCACUCAGUGUCUCAAAAGCCCUGGAGCAGUUUGUCAAGCCAGAGCAGCUGGAUGGAGAGAAUGCCUACAAGUGCUCCAAGUGCAAAAAAAUGGUCACAGCCUCAAAGAGAUUCACUAUCCAUCGCAGUUCCAAUGUGCUCACACUGUCUCUGAAACGCUUUGCCAACUUCAGUGGAGGAAAAAUCACAAAAGAUGUGAAAUAUCCCGAGAACCUGGACCUGCGGCCCUUCAUGUCCCAGUCGCAAGGGGAGGCCCAGCACUACGGGCUGUACGCUGUUCUCGUCCACUCUGGAUUCAGCUGCCACGCUGGACACUACUUCUGCUAUGUUAAGGCAAGCAAUGGUCAGUGGUUUCAGAUGAAUGAUUCCUCUGUGACUGUCAGUGACAUCAGGUCUGUUCUGAACCAGCAGGCCUAUGUCCUUUUCUACAUCAAGUCCAGUGAUGGAAAGAAAGAAGGGGACUAUUGUCACAUGACCCAUAACUCUGCUGUACCUGGUCAGUCGUCACCCAGACCAGUGGCGAUACCCCGCAUCAACACCGCCGGCCACCACAACAACAACGUCUGCUUCAUUGGACCGCAGCUGCCCCCACACAUGGCCAAGAACUCUCUCCACAUAAAUGGGAAUGGAUCUCUGAGGGAUUGUCCCAACCCCAACCCCAGCACCAGCAGCAGUGUUACGGGAAAACCGAACCACAGUGCGGCCUCCUCGUCUUGCACGUCAGUGAUCCCAGAGCACGACAAGCGCCUGAAGCUGUCGUUCUGCAUCGGCCAAGGCAAACAGAAUCGCCCCACCUCUUCCUCGUCCUCUGCCAGCGGCUCCUCCGCCUCCUCGUCCUCCAGCUCUUCAGCCUCCUCCUCCUCCUCCCAGUCUACCUCAGAUGCUCUCUUCAUCCCACGUCAGCUUAACCAUGUCAACGGCACGGCGCGCAGUAACGGGGAUCACCAGGGCGGAGGCAACGGACCGUCGUCCUUGGUUCCGUACAGCCAAGAGCUCUCAGAGGAGUCGGACCAGGAGAACGGCGGAUCCCUGGAUAACGGCUGCUCAGUCAAGAGUCACCUUAAUGGAGACAAAAAAACGAGGGAUGAGUUUGCCAAGGCUCCCCCGGCAGCCAAUGGGGACUCUGAAGCGCACCACAAUGGAAACGGUUUGAAUGGAAUUACACACGGCAUAUCGAAAACCAACCAAAAUGGACACCGUUAUGGACUCCAAAAAGUCAAUGGACAUAAUAGUGCUGAAAAGAUCUCUGUCAGUAAUGAUGGAAGAUUGUCAUCGGAGGGGACUUUCACUGUGAAUGGACUGGACACUGACCACUUUCAACCAAGCAAAGAGGCGUCCCAGGCUAGUUCUGUUCAGAGGGUCCAACCUGCUGCCAGUGAAAGCCAGCACAUUGCUCCUGAUGUAAGGGCUACACGUCUGUCCGAUCCCCCGCCUCAGCAAGCAGCCUGCGAAGCAGCGGCCGCUUCCGCCACACCGAGCGAGUCCGCAUCCAUCAGCCCUGCAGCCUUACCCGCCUCGCCAGACCCCUGCCACAGCACCAGCGGCACGUGCGCGGUUCUACCGAAGGUUCCCGUUCCCACAGAUGAAGUCAAAGACGUACCGCUGACCAGUGGUUCAUCGGCAGCAGCCUCCGAAGGGCGUGCGGAUGUGAAGGAGCAGCUCCAGGCCGGUCCCGCUUCCAGAGGCUACGAAAGGCGGUCGUCUCGGGAAAGGGGUCGACACAGGGUGUACUCGUCCGACUGGAGCAGGGACAGAGACGGUUACUUCAGGGACAGGAGUCAGGAGCGGGACACGAAUCGCUACAGACGGAACUACAGAGACCACCACUACCACCACCGCUCAUACAGGGAUCCGGAUUAUUACUACCGGGACUGGGAGAGCGAGCGUCACUGGGAUCGGACCGUUCACCACCCCAGGGAGCGGGACCGCGACCGGUGCUCACACCACUACCACUUCUAUGACCACCAGCGAUCCAGGGAAGAGCGCGAUUACGAACGCCGGAGCUACGGCCACCGCCAGUCUCACGGCCGCUGGAGGCGGCAGCAGGACGGCCGGGAAUUUCGCGGGAUGAGGGAUGACGGCAGGGAAGGGGACAGCUACCCCUGUAAAGACGCUUGGGCGUCGUCCACCACGCGAAGCAGGUCGCCGCAUCGGAACGCUUUUCCGCUGUCGGAAGAACGAUAUCGUCGAAGGAGCGGUCGCUCGGAAGAGCGCCACAACAAGAGAAACAAAAAGAGCAAGAAGAAGAAGUCAAAGGAUAAAGAGAGAUACCGUGAGAGUGGGAGCUCCGACUCGGACCGAGGCUGUGAAGUCAAAAAGAAGAAAAAGCGGCGGCGCCAGAGUGAGCAGCGCAGCCCGGACGGCCGCGGCCACAAGGCUCGCAGCAGCGAGGAACACGAGUGCCGCAAACGGCGCCACCUCCAGGACGGCAGGCACGGCAAAGACGAGUGCUCCACGGAGAAACGCCGCCGCCUCGACGACGACGUCAGCCGCGAUGCCGCCGGCCCCUCGUACAGCACCUCCCCUACCGCGCCUGCACACGGGCCAUUUCACAGCCACCUUAAUGGACACACAGGAAACGGUUACAGCCAAGCCAGCGUUGUCUCCCAUUGAUGGUCCAGCGUACUGAGCAGUACCAUGAAGCACUGACCAACCCCCUGCCGAAAUAUACAGCGGAGGAAUGAUUCAACGACAUGGUGCUUCAUUGAGAAAUAAUUGUAUUUUUACCACGUCAAGUGUUUUAAAUAUUCACUUUUUAAAGCAUCGAUUUAGUUGCAGUAACUCUCCCACUCCUGUCGGACGUGAACGAUGACAAAUAUUAAUAUAUACAUGUACGGAACACACAAAGCCUGGAGCUUAAAACAUCUCAACUGCUGCUCAGUGGAACUCAGGACUUGAAAACUCAUCAUCAUCAUCCACUCGCUUCAUGUUAAAGGAAAACCCAACGCUGCUGAAAAGAAGUUUGGAAGGUCGCCACGUGCGUAGAUGAUUUUGAGUUUUCUUCAACUUCACCACUGGGAGGGGCAAAUUGGUGGGAGGUGUGGAAUUUAUGAACAAAACCAACAAGCAACGCUUGACUCACUGAUACCUCCACGAUACCCUGAACUGACUUGAGCACAUUUCCCUGAGUUUUAUUUUCGAACACACGCUGGUAUUUUUCAACUUGUUUUGCUUCUUCUCUAAGUCAUUCCUUUCUGUCUGUCUUUCAGCUCACAAUCUGUUUUAACGAAACUGAAAAGGACAAUAUAAUAAUGCUGUCGGACCAUUUGUAUUGCUUAUUAAUGGAGAAAAAAAUCUGAUUUGCGUCUUCUAGCAUCAUAAGGAAUACUGUGAAUUUAAUUUUUCAACUGUACUAUCAGUUACUUUUAUAUAUAUAUAUAUAUAUAUAUAUACACACACACAUAUGAAAGUCCUGUAUCAGGAUUAUAAAUGGAUGUUGUUUUGGUUUAUUUGUUUUUAGACUAACUUGUUAAUUCUGCUCAUAUUGUCUGGACUAAAGUCAGCCAUGAGUAUGGAUUGUGUUUUGUUUUGCAACUUUUUGACAGAAGUUGAAAACUUGUUAUUCCUUUUAAUUUAGCAUGUUAGCAUUUAUACAUUGUACAAGGUAAAUGCCUUAAAAUACAUUUUGUUAAUGUCAGAAAUUGUACUGUUUUCUUUGACUUUUUGGUAAAAAAAAAAAAAAAAAGAAAAGAAAAUGCACUGAAAUAGCUGGAAAACUCACGGAAGGGAUGAAUUCAAAAUAUUUGGGAGGGGCAGUGGGAAUAAUUUUGUACUUUUUACAAAAUAGAUAUGUAAUAUCCAUGUGUACACCAUUACAGUAAAUAAGCACUUAACUGAAUGCAACCUGAUAACCAUCUGUUCAAAGGUCUAGUCAUUUAAGAAAAAAAAGAAGCCCCGAGAGAAUCCCAUGGCUUAUGAAAUAACCAAAGAACUGCUCAGUGGUCAUAUAAUUAUUUUUCAAAAUCCUGUAAUUUUUUUUCCCUUUUUUUUUUUUUUUUACACCCCCGCUAUCUGUUUGCAUCUUUAUCGUCCUGUCAUUUACACACCUCAUCAUGAUUGUAAAUUGUUGAACUAAACCGUGAAUUAAUGGGCAUUCAAUGACUUGCAAACUAUAUAAAAACAAGAAGAAAAAAAACAUUAUGUACAUCAUAUACAUGCAGAUUGUAAAAUGAUUU